UGAAAAUUGCAGCUCGUUUACUACACAGCUGCUCAAUCUGACUGCGGCUGAUUUUAAAGCUAAAUAAACCGAUCGUCAAAUCUACGGCUAGACAUGCUGCCCGGAACAGAGGCCGCUGAGAUCCAGUGUUGUGCCACAGUCGAGCAGCUGAACUCUGCUGGCCAGACUACCAAGCGACAGGCCAUCCGCCGCGCUCUCGUGACUCUUGGCCGCAAUGAGCUUCGAGAGAUGAUCCUGCGUGUGCAUGAUGGCAAAGUGCACCAGAGCUUCCUUCUGCGGGAAUUCCAGCUCUUCACCCGGUUUGCUCGGGAUGGCAAGAGCACCAUUAAGCUGGUCCCUGACAACAUCCAGGUCCUGAUCUCGGACUGCCCCCCAGACCGGCUCAACAUCUUCCUCAAGACCCUGUCCAUCAAGCACCAGGCCUUUAAGCAGGAAGGGAAGCCCCUGGGGGACCGGGCCAGGAUGCUUGCCGGCCUCCCUCGCAGCUUUGAAACAAUCAGCCCCUUGCAGCUGAAGGAUGUUCAGAAAGCGAAUGAGCUGCGAGGGAAGGUGAACGCAGACUCCCCAACUAAACACAAAGGGAUGAAGGAGAGAGCUGGCAACCGAGCAGGAAGCCUUCAGGUGAAGAGGCAAAGGACAGACUCUGACUCACACUGCCCUGUGAAGUCGCUCCAUCCUGCCAAGAAGCCAGCACUGGCGUUGCCGGUGGGCAGGAAGUUGUCGACGGAGCAGUCUCUUGUUCUCAGUGCAGUUCUCAGUGGGAAAAACGUCUUUUUCACAGGCAGCGCUGGUACUGGGAAGUCUUUUCUGUUGAAGAGGAUUGUGGGAUCCCUGCCCCCCAAAAGCACCUAUGCCACAGCCAGCACUGGAGUGGCUGCCUGCCACAUUGGAGGCACCACACUCCAUGCCUUUGCAGGUAUCGGCUCAGGCUCGGCCCCCUUGGAGCAGUGUCUGGAGCUGGCUCUGCGCCCAGGAGUCCUGCAGCACUGGACCAGCUGUCGCCACCUCAUCAUUGACGAGGUCUCCAUGGUGGAGGGGGAAUUCUUUGACAAGCUGGAGGCCAUUGCCAGGUCGAUCAGGAGGUCCAGUGAGCCGUUUGGAGGGAUUCAGCUGAUUGUAUGUGGAGAUUUCCUGCAGCUUCCUCCAGUCACUAAGGGCAAGGAGAAGAUCAAGUUUUGCUUUCAGUCGAGGAGCUGGAGGAAGUGUAUCCAUGUGAACAUGGAGCUAACUGAGGUCCGGAGACAGACAGACAAGACGUUCAUCUCUCUCCUGCAAGCAGUACGGCUGGGCAGGGUCACUGAAGAGGAUACAGCACAGCUGAUGAGAACCACCUACCACAAAAUUGAAAAGGAUGGUAUCCUAGCAACCAGGCUGUGCACACAUAAGGACGACGUGGAACUGACCAAUGAGAAAAAGCUCCAGCAGUUGCCAGGUGAAAGCCGCAUAUUUGAGGCCCUGGACAGUGACCCACAGCUGGUGAAGAUGAUUGAUGCCCAGAGUCCAGUGGGGCGGGUGUUGCAGCUGAAGGUGGGAGCUCAGGUGAUGCUAACAAAGAAUCUGGAAGUGCAGAAGGGCCUGGUGAACGGGGCACGAGGCGUGGUGGUUGGGUUUGAGACUGGGAACAAAGGUUUCCCUCUGGUGCGGUUCCUCUGUGGGGUCACAGAGGUCAUGAAGAUGCAACGCUGGAUGUUCAAAGCUGGCAAUGGAAUCUACCUGAGUCGGCAGCAGCUGCCCCUCAAACUAGCCUGGGCCAUCUCUAUCCACAAGAGCCAGGGCAUGUCCCUGGACUGUGUGGAGAUCUCGCUGUCCCGUGUGUUUGAGAGCGGCCAGGCGUAUGUAGCUCUCUCUCGAGCACGCAGUUUGCAGGGGCUCCGGGUCAUGGACUUCGACCCCAAGGUUGUGAGAGCCAACCCUGAGGUGCUGCAGUUCUACAGCAAGCUGAGGAAGGAGCGCCUCCUCCUGCAGGCCUCGAUGGAAAUGUACGUGGGGAGAGGGAACAAGGAAAAUGAGCCUCUUUAGAGAUAACUGGACUGCCUACCUUCCAAAAACUUUUUAAACAAGGAAUGAUGUCUUUACACUAUGUAUAAAUGUACA